UCCACCAAAAUGUCAGGGGUCUCUCCGGUCACCAGCUCCUUCGCAGUAGCAGACUAUGUGGUGUUUUCCCUCAUGCUCCUGGUGUCCGCUGCCAUCGGGGUCUACUACGCCUGGGCGGACAGGGGCCAGCGAAGCUCUGGGGAUUUCCUAAUGGGGGGCCGAAGACUGACAGCCCUGCCUGUCUCCCUGUCCCUGGCUGCCAGCUUCAUGUCAGCCAUCACAGUGUUGUCCAACCCAGCUGAGGUAUACCGCUACGGAGCCAGUAUUGGAUUUUAUGGUCUCUCCUAUGUAAUCACGAUGGUGGUCACAUCUGAGAUCUUUCUCCCAGUCUUUUACAGGCUGGCCAUCACCAGCACGUAUGAGUAUCUGGAGCUGCGUUUCAACAGAGCAACCCGUCUGCUGGGAACUGUGCUCUUCAUUGUUCAGACAAUCCUCUACACCGGAAUCGUCAUUUAUGCCCCAGCUCUGGCUCUAAACCAAGUGACUGGGUUGGAUCUGUGGGGUGUAGUUAUUUCCACAGGCGUGGUCUGUACCUUUUACUGCACACUGGGUGGUCUGAAGGCAGUGGUGUGGACAGAUGUGUUUCAGCUUGGUGUCAUGCUUGCAGGCUUCCUGUCUGUCAUCAUCAGGUCUGUGAUCGUACAAGGUGGAGUCCUCCCCAUCAUUUCUGAUGCACAACAAGGAGGAAGACUCAACGUUUUGGAUUUUGAUACAAACCCUUUGAGGAGACACACUUUCUGGACCAUAACCAUUGGAGGGGUAUUUGUCUGGGUCAGUAUCUAUGGCAUCAACCAGGCCCAGGUCCAGAGAUACAUGUCCUGCAAGAGCCUCACUCAUGCCAGACUAUCUCUUUACAUCAACCUGCUUGGCCUGUGGUCCACCUUGCUGUGUUCAGUGUUUGCAGGAAUGUGCCUCUUCUCAGUCUAUAAGAACUGUGACCCCUGGACAGCUGGACUGGUUUCUGCUCCUGACCAGCUGAUGCCAUAUUUGGUGAUGGACAUCUUGGGAAACUUUCCUGGCCUUCCUGGACUCUUUGUUGCAGCUGCAUACAGUGCAUCUCUCAGCACAGUGUCUUCCAGCAUCAAUGCACUGGCUGCAGUGACAGUAGAGGACCUUAUCAAACCGUGCACUAACAUGUCUGAGAAACACCUGUCAUGGGCCUCAAAAGGACUGACUCUCACAUAUGGGGUUAUAUCCAUUGGAAUGGCUGGAGUGGCUUCUCUCAUGGGAGGGAUCUUACAGGCAACGAUCAGUAUAUUUGGGAUCAUUGGUGGUCCUUUACUUGGGAUUUUUACAAUUGGUAUCCUCUUUCCAUUUGCCAACUCCAAAGGAGCUUUGUCCGGUCUUGUGUCAGGGUUGCUUGUAUCCCUGUGGGUGGGCAUUGGAGCCCAGAUAUACCCUCCCCCCUCCGAGUUGACCAGACCCCUGUCACUGACUACCAAGGGGUGCAACUUCACCAUCACUGACAGCCUCAACUGGACCUCCACUGCUCUGCCAACACUGCCAACUUCAGUCAGCAUAACAUCAGUACAUGAUGUUGAUGGCAGGUCUCCUUUUGCAGAUAACUGGUACUCUCUGUCCUACGUUUACUUCAGUCCUAUCGGAACCAUCAUAACCAUCAGUGUGGGACUGUUGGUCAGCCUUUGUACAGGAGGCUGGAAGGUGAAGGCAGAAUCUAAGUUUACAUUAAUGAAAGAAGACACAACUCUUUAUCACCUGUUCAAGUUUUUGAAAGACAGAGUCAUGAAACGAACAGGACAACUUGACCUUGCAAAGGACAGAGAGAAGAAAGUUGGAAGCACUAAUCCUGCUUUCUGUGACGUUGAGCUGGAUUUAACAAAACCCAGCAUUCCCACCUGAAAUGCAAUGUUUGAUAUAUAUUUAAUCGUCAAAUACCAGAAAUGUAAAUGAAUUACAGAAAAAAAGUCUGUGUGUUUCCCUGAGUUUGCCCCACAAUCUAAAGACAUGCAGGUCAGGUUCAUUUAAAUUGAAAAAGUGUGAAUGCAACUGCAAAUCUUUGUCUAUGUGUGUUAGCCCUGUGUUAGGAUGACAACCUGUCCAACUGUCAAUGCACUUAUUAAAUUUUAAAAAUUGUUGAAUGGAAAGAUUUGCUCUCUUUCUUCUUCCUAUUUCCAUCUUCUCUGCUAAAAGAAUUUGUAGAGUCCCCAAGGUGAUAUUCAUCUGCUUCUUUACUCCAUAUGUAAAAUUUUGCAACUUUUCUCAAUUUUCCCAAAUCCUAUUUUUGUGAACAUGUCAAAACCGGUUGGGCCUAUCAUACCUAAACUUUGUCAGAAUCAUAUUUGGACUUUGCUGAUAUAAAUCUGCUUAACUUUUUUUUUCCAUCAAUCCAUUUCAAUUAUAUAAGCCAAUCAAUUUUUAUCCUACUUUGCAAUAACUGAUGAAUUCUUUGAGAUAACCUGAAGCUUAUUGUCACCUAUAGUACUCGCUGAUGACACAAAUCUCUUUGUCACUGACAAGAACUUUGAUCCCUUAUUGCUAAAGGAAAUGCUGGGCUCAUCAAUUUUUCUUAUUGGUUCAAGUUUAAUAAGUUGUCAAUCAAUGUCAAGAAAUCUAACUUUAUUAUUUUUUUAGAAAUAAGAACAAGAUUUACAAUGCAGAGAGAGACAACAUUUAUAUCAAUGACAGUGCACUUGCACAAGUUUCAUCAGUGAAGUUCUUAGGUGUCUACAUCGAUGAAAAAUUCUGUUUUAAGAAUCAUUGUGAAUUUGUUUGUAAGAAGGUUUCAAAAGCAUUGGGCAUUAUAAAAAGGGUCAAACACCAUUUGAAAAAGAGCACACUUCUAACAUUGUUUUACAGUUUAAUUUAUCCUUACGUCUCUUAUUGUAAUAUAAUUUGGGCGAGCACUUACCAUUCUUAUUUACAAGCAAUUCAUAGGUUUCAGAAAUUCUUUGUAAGAACUGCCACCAACUUUAAUUAUUUAGCCCCAACUAAACCAUUAUUUAAACAAUUGCAACUAUUUAAAAUUUAUGAGGUCAAUAAGUAUCAAACGGGUUCUUAUGUUUAGUUAUUUGCCUUCCUGCAUUGUUACCUAAUUUUUUUCAUAGUUACUCUGAGUUUAAUUCUCUUUAUCAUGCACAUCUUACAAGAAGAAAUAAUUACAUAUUCCUUUCUGUAGGACCUCCGUUGCCAAAUUCUCAUUUGUUAAUCAAGGUGCAGUGCUGUGGAAUGACAUAAAAAACCUAACAGAAUCAUGUUCCUCUUUAAAUACUUUUAAGACCAAGCUCAAAAAAUCCCUACAGGCGUCCUGAUCACCUUUGUAUCAUAGUGUUUUGUUUAUAUUUUGUUUGUAUUUUUUUAUUUUCAUCUAGCUAUGUAAUUUAAGUAAAGGAUAGUUAUUUAUAGGUUUAAGAGCGAGGGUCGCUUCUAAGCCCUUUGGUCUUUUUGAUCUUUCCUGCACUUUUAAAAAAAUCUGUUUCUUGUACUGUUAUUUCUUUGUGAUUGUAUGUUUUUUAAUUGCAAACAACAAUAAAAAAAAAUAAUUAAAAAAAUUCAAGAUGCUUGUUCAGCAGUUUAUGUAUUAAAGCGCAUUGCACUUGACCCCUAGUGGUGCUACAAAUGCAAUCAGUUUAUAUCUCUUAAUCAUAUAACAAAAGGACUGGUAUACUACCUGAACACCAUUUAUUUCCUAAAUGACUAAAAAAUACUGUAACAAGUACAAGCAGACUGACUUUCACAUUUAAGAGAUAAAUGGUAGCAAGGCCAUUUUUCUGCUUUUCGUUGUUGAGUGAGAAGAUGUAGAAAGAGUUAAUUUAUUUAAAGUUUUGGUCUGACUUCCACCAAACAGUCCGGGAGCUCUGGUAGCUGUCUCCUAUGUGGUGUUUUCUCUCAUGCUGGUGGUUUCUGCUGCCAUUGGGGACUUCUACAUGUAGGUGAACAAGGGCCAGAGAAGCCCCAGGGAGUUCCUAACAUGGGGUCACAGCCUGACAGCUCUGCCUGUCUCC